AUGUCCAUCAAAAAGGGCAACAUGGGCGGCUCUCGCCAAUCCCCUCGCAGGCGAGGUGGCUGGCGGGAUGCCAUAAACCGCAUUGAGCACCGCGCACAGCGGGUUGCCUUUGCUCCCUCCCGGCCCGCUACCAUCGAGCCUCGGGCUCCUGUCGACUUCUCGUUUGGUGUAGGUUUCGUAGCGAUGAGAUCUUUUGAUCAGGCACUCAUGCGUUGUUACAGCCUCCCUCGCCGCCCGCCUCUCCUCCGCCUCCUCUCCCUGCUCGCGGCCUGGUCUUGCGCCGGUACUCUCCUCCUCCUUUGGGAUGGAGAGACCCUCCUGCUCCUCCUCCCGCCCCUCGCCCUCGCGCCGCCAACCUUGCUCUUGGGUUUGUGCCUGCUCUCCCACUGCCACCAUCAUGCUAACGGUCCGGUUGUAGGAGAUGAGCAAGAAGAGGAAGGCAGCAAGGUCCGAGGGACGUUAAACAAUCCGACCACGGGUCAUUAA